AUGUCGGGAGAAGAUUCAGACGUUCCGGUCCGGAUUGAUGUCCGGGAAGGGAAACGAAACGAUGGAACUUACUCGUAUUCAUUUACGUAUGAAAGGGCGACAUUGUACGAGUUUAAAUUUGACCGAGCUGCCUACCCCGCGGCAGUAGACCCCUGUCACAGGUGUUACAGAACCAUCCCCAUCCACGAACAGGUCAAUGUCGGGGUACUAUUCCACAGACAGUGCUUCCGAUGUCGUGUUUGUGGAAUUCCUCUCACAAUGCAGACGUUCUACAGGAAUGACGCCAAUGGAACUAAUGAUAAGGAGGUGUAUUGUAAAACCCACGUGGGGAAGGGCAUCCGUCAGAUCCAGGCGGAGGGGCAACCCAUCGACGUUGCACACGCCCUACCCCCCGGGGGAACUCAACACGUCAUACAGCUUACAGGAAAGUCAGCGAAACAACCGGGUCUUCCAUCGUCUCGAAGCGGAUCUGACAGUCCCAGGCCCCGACCUAGUCCCCGUAACAGUCCCCGGAAUAGUCCCCGGUCCAGUCCUCGUCCGGGGACUCCAAAGAUGGCCACCAGUCCGGCAGAUUCUAGUCUAGUCAGUGUGACCCCCCGGAGUAUGAACGGUACAUGGAUGUCCGGGACCAUGCACAAUACUAGCCUCGAUUACAGUAACAUGUCGGGCAGUCGGUACCAACGCCCCCGACCACCUCUACAAAGCUUCCAGGAUUUCAGUGACACCGGAGUAUUCUCAGCCCAAGCUACACUGGAACAGCGACACCGUGAGGAAGAGGAUCGGCUACAACGCUUCCUGUUGGAGGAACGCGAGAAGGAGACGCGCCGUCUGGACGAGAGCAUUGGUCAGGAGAAGGAAGUAGCUGCUAUGGAACUGUUGACGGCCUUCGACCAAAUGCGCCUUCAGGGUCAGUCCCCGAACUUAAUGGCGGAACGAGAGAGGAUAGAGGAGCAUUUUAACAAAUCACGGGAGGAUCAGCUCAAGGCAAUGAUAGACAAGAUUGCCACGGAGGAGAAAACCAGGUCAGCCAAGAUGUUAGAGCGACACGGAAUGGAAAUGAUGCAGCUCAUUGCGGAGAAGGAUCGAGUGGUUGACCGAAGUGCCCUCUUUGAUCACACAAUGAGACCAGCAGUUAUUCCACCUGAAAGCAAGAAAGCACAACUGUAUUCUAGCCCAGCACAGUUCGAAAUCAUUGACAAAAGGGCAAUAGAGAUUGCAAAAACGGAAUACGGAAGUUUCACAGAGCUAGUUAGAGACCUUACAAGGGACUGUGCAAACGAACUCCAGAAAGCCAGGGCCUUGUUCCGAUGGGUUAUAGCUAAAGACCUUGGCAAACACAACGUUCACGAAAUCAUCCGUCCAAACGCCAGGGCCUCCAUACUGAAGGGCGUUCGCAGCGGAAAAGAAACUUAUCACCAAUUGUUCAAGAAACUCUGCAACUUUGCUGGACUCCACUGUGAAAUCAUACUCGGUUUCUCGAAGGGUGCCGGCUACAAGCCAGGCAUGCGCAUUGAAGGCACAACAUUUCGGAACUCUUGGACAGCGGUUGCCAUUGAUGGAAACUGGAGAAUAGUGAACUGCACGUGGGCGGCGCGUCAUGUGACAGGCCACAAGGACGACCUACCACAGAUGUUUCACAAGUAUGAUGAGUUCUAUUUCCUAACGGACCCCGAGGACUAUAUCUACCAACACUACCCAGACGACUCAGCCUGGCAGCUGAUGGACAUUCCUCUGCCAUUCUCUGAAUUUCAAAACCUGCCUGUUGUGAAGUCGCCGUUCUUUAAUUAUGGAUUAAAGUUCUAUUCAAACUAUGGUGCUUCAUUGAAUACAGAUACUGGCAUGGUUGAGAUUCGAGUGAUAACGCCAAAAAUCUUGGGAUUCGGCUCCUUGCUGGAGCCUUACGACAAAUCUGGUGAUAGUUCAAAAUCGAUCGAAGGCCGGACUUUACUUCGACUAGUUAAGAACGAAGCCAUUUUUACCAUCAACUUGCCCAAAACAGGAGUGUACCAGUUCUCUGUGUACACUGGAGACUAUUGGCAGUCGGAAUGUCUGGAGAGCGCAUGCUCUUUCUUAGUGAACUGCAAGCAAAUUUUAGGCGUGGCUUCGCCACCCUAUCCCCCAGUCCCGUUUUAUGGUCCGACUCCCGUGAUGGAAAGGUUGGGGAUGAAAGAGGAAAACCAACUUGAUCCAUUGAUUGUCUCCAAUGGAGAGAACCUUGAGAUCAGUUUUACCUUGUGUGAAAAAAUUAAACUCACACACACAUUUCAAUAUUUUGACGUCAGUGACAAUUCUGUGUCAGACAUUGACCGCUACGUGUUCCUAAGGUCAAGGACGGACUCCUUAGCCAAUUAUAUGGUGCGAUGUCCUAAGGAAGGAUUCUAUAUUUUCUCGCUCUAUGCCGCCGACGGUGAAAACGAGGCUCAAACUCUUGACUGUGCUUAUCGUUACUUAGUUAUCUGCCAAGAACCCAAUCCUGCCGUAAACUUAUUCCCCAAGACUUUCCAUCGCUGGCAGCGUUGCACCUUGCACGAGCCCGUAUCAGGUGAUUUGAUGACGCACAAGCGAUAUACGUUCCGAGUGGACGUACCAAAGGCGGUAGAGGUUUUCCUAGUAAUCGGAGAAAUCUGGCAUCACUUGAAACGGAAACUGGCAUACACAUUCGAGGGGAACAUUAACACCGGAAGUACACCGUGCACGGCGAAAAUAUACGCCCGAUUUUCGAAUGACCGUGAGUCGUCGUUAUUUGCUCACCUUCUUGACUACGAACUGGUAGACGACGCGGAAACCGAGAUAUAA